AUGCAGUCUUUAGAGAACAUUCUGGAAAAUUUAAGUCAUCAUGGUUAUGAGUUUUGCUUCCUUCUAAAAGAUACCAAAGUAAAGGAAAAUAGUGGGGAUCCCUUUUUCACUAAAUGUUAUCUUACAUCAGCUGCCAAAUCAAAUUUGUCGGUAAACUUAGAGAACAUUUUGGGGGAUCAAGAUAUUAGAAUGUAUAGUAAAGCGCAUAAUUAUCUCAAAACAAUUUCAUUAAAUCUCAAUGAGAGAAACAAAAUCAAAGAAUAUCUAUUAGCAGCUUUCAAACUGUUAAGACAGGUUCCCUGUAAAGCCUUGGCGAAAUUAUGGAUAAAACGCAUAGAACCAAAAAAGAAGACCAAAUACCCUUAUAUUAAAGGAAAUUUGAUGAAACCAGAAUGGUGGCCAUCAGAUGUAGAACAUAGAGAGCCUGAUCAUUUGCAAAAGCCAGAAAGGUUAAAUUUAAUGUGUACAAUAAUUAUGGAUGUGCUUCCAAAUAUACCAGAUAAUGAGAUUAUUGAAGAUCUGAUAAGGUCAACUUUAGGGAUGUCACUAUUCAAAAAGGAUUCCAUUAAAAAGGAAGUUAUAUUAAGCAUUUUUAAUAUAUCAACACACUUGCGGUUAAGGAAAGAACCUAGCAUCAUUGUAGCUGAUUUGAUGAAUACAAAAAAAAAGUACAAGAUGAAAGAAACCCACAAGAAUCAUCAUCAGCAUCAUGGGCAUUUUAAAAAUACAAAAGUGGACCGAACUAACGCGUUUGGCAGUCCCGAAUCAUCAACGGUAAGUUCUGCAGAGGAGUCUACUCGUGCAGAUACAAUGUGUGCAGAACAGACAUUAGAAUACGAAGAUACCUUGACUUACAAUUUAGGAAACGUUAAUGAAGUGUUACCAACGCCAACUCUACUUGAUAUGUUUAUCGAAAACGAUUCGGAAUUAUCAGAAUAUGUCGAAGCAUGGAAUAAUACCACAUCGAGUUCUUCAGUUGACAAUUCUUUAUCCAUGACGAAUAGCUUUCAAUAA